GGCCGGGGGCCCAGACCAAUGUGUCAGUGGGGAGGGUGAGUGCAGGUCCUGGUCCUAGAGGCAUGAAAAGGACCCCAGAAGACACUGCCUUUGUAUAAUCCGUUUAGUAUCCCGAGGUGAUUCCCGGAGUUUCUGGGGAUUCGCGCAAGCUGGCGCUGGGAACCCCCGCGCCGGUUACCCCUUUCCUCGGUGGUAGAGGCCGGGCGGGGCAGCGCCUGCGCGUGGCGGGCGGGCGGUAGGAGGCGGGUGGGUCAAGGUAGCUCUAGGCUACAGGGUCCUUGCUAGGGGGUCUCUGGAAGCGCUUGGACCCUGGCUUCUGGGACGCGUCAGGUCGCCGUGAAGGUGAUUGUUUGAGAUCGUGCGUGUGAACGUUUGUUGACAGCUGUUACUUGAGUCCGACAGCCCUGGGGGCCGUGCACCUGCGUAACACGGCUACCUCUGAACUCCUUGUGGGACACGUAUACCUUUGAGAAUCCGAUGAAAGCCAAAGAUUCCGCCCUUGUUUUCUUAGAAUUAAAAAUAUUAUCCAGCAAUGCAAAUGAACAAACUAUAACUACACACAGCUGCAUGGAUAAAUGUCAGAAACAUGAUGUUGAGUGUGAGAAGCCAGAUGCAAACGAGGACUCACUGUGCAAUUCUGUGCAUGUACAGUGGCCAGGAGAAGGGAGCGUUGGCUUUGCUUUCAUCAGGACAAAGAUGCCUUUCUUUGGGAAUACGUUCAGUCCGAAGAAGACACCUCCUCGGAAGUCGGCAUCUCUCUCCAACCUGCAUUCUUUGGAUCGAUCAACCCGGGAGGUGGAGCUGGGCUUGGAAUACGGAUCCCCAACUAUGAACCUGGCAGGGCAAAGCCUGAAGUUUGAAAAUGGCCAGUGGAUAGCAGAGACAGGGGUUAGUGGUGGUGUGGACCGGAAGGAGGUUCAGCGCCUUCGCAGGCGCAACCAGCAGUUGGAGGAAGAGAACAAUCUCUUGCGGCUGAAAGUGGACAUCCUGUUAGACAUGCUUUCAGAGUCCACUGCCGAAUCCCACUUAAUGGAGAAGGAACUGGAUGAACUGAGGAUCAGCCGGAAGAGAAAAUGAAGACCCCAGAGACAUUUAUUGGGGAGUAGGAUGUGGCUAAGUGCUUUUUUUUUUUUUUGGCAAGACUGCGGAUUCGGUCCUGGAAGAGAGUAUCAUAUAAUGGGAUCCACAGGCACUGGCACCCUUGGGUUGGCAAUAGAAGGUGACAUGGAAUGGAGAAAACCAAGAUUCCAGAUGGGGAUAGUAACUAGAAGGUGCUUCAGAUGCACUGCCUGCAGAUGCCAAUCUGAAAACCAGACCGCAUGGAGGCCUGGGGCUGCUGACGAGCUUUUUGGUGCUCUCCACACACGAGCUCACAAACACACAUGUCCCAGAAUAGCUUUGUUGGGCCCUGUUGGGAGAAGCGGCUAGAGUUCAUUCUCUCACCCCCUUAUGUUGGUGUUUGGGGUGUGACAGCAGUUCUACAGAGCUCUGUGUUAGGGGUCAUGGAUGAGCGGCUCUCUUGGCUCUUAAAGGCAGGCCUCUCUCUUCUUGCCUUUAAAGAAUCCUCCUUCCUCACACUGGCCUCCUCUGGCUUCAGCUUCUCAGCAGCAAGCACCAGCCUUCCACAGCAACACUACAUUUUUAUGCUACUUUCCUGUUUGCACUACUACUUUUUUAUUAAAUGAUGUGAAAUAAUC